AUGAGAGGCAUUCUACUGAACAGGACCGUGUUUGCGGUAAAUAGAAGACAGUUUCUGGCAAGCUACGUUAGGUUUCAUGCUAUUCCGGAGUCAUCUUCGGAGCCAACUUCGUCUUCGUCCUCAUCCUCCAGCUCAGCAGCAGCAGCAGAACUUCCGAUGGAGCACAAAUUAUCCAACAAGGAGUUAAGAGAACGUGCUAUUGCAGAGGCUUUGGCAAGAGAGGAAGCUGCGCUUCAAAAGCAGAAAGAGAUUGUAUUGAUGACUCAGCGAUCUCAGGAGUUGAUUGAUACGUUGAACAAGACUCCAACGGUUUUGAUAAACGAACGAAUUGCAAAACUUAAUGAGGACUUGAGUGGUUUGCCAGGAGAUAAAGUUAAACAACUUGAUGAAGAUUUGAAAGAGUAUAUACUUGCAAACAUGAAAUUGACCGAGGAGCUUUCCAAAAACCGUCCAUGGUAUAGUAAAGAGGACGCAAAGAAAACCGACUCUUCCGCUUCAGAAGACGCCGGACCGGGAGAAUCGUCAAGUUCGUCUGUUACGAGUCAGUAUAGUUCUCAAUACCCCAAUUUGAGACCAACUCCAGAAUACAAAAAUUACUCAGAAUACGAGCUCUAUAUUAGACAGUUGAAUUACCUUAGAACCACUGCGUCGUUGGGUUCAAAAAUGAAGCACGUCUAUAAACCCGAAAGAGACACACAUACACCAACAAACAUCUCAAAAACCACUAUCAGUACAUUAUUAGCCGCAGGAUGCCAUUUUGGUCAAUCUGUUGCUUCCUUUAGACCUAGCUUCCAGCCAUUCGUGUAUGGUACUUAUAAUGGAGUUCACGUGAUCGAUCUUAAUAAAACCCUUGAACAGUUGCAACUCGCUUGUAAAGUUAUUGAGGGGGUAAGUGAAAAAGGUGGUUCUAUAUUGUUUGUUGGCACACAUAAGAAUUGGUCCAUAAGGGAAUCGUUAAUUGCAGCUGCCAAUAGGUCAAGAGGAUACUAUGUUUCCAAAAGGUGGAUUCCUGGUACCAUCACAAAUUACGUUGAAGUGACAAAGCAGAUUCUGGACCCUUUUCAGAAGCAGCAAAUUGAUAUGGCAGACGAAGUGAUCAGCACAGGGAAAGAGCACAAUCUGAUUAUUAAGCCAGAUUUAGUUGUACUCUUGAAUCCAGUGGAAAACAGAAACUGUAUCAAGGAGUGUUUAGCGGCAUGUAUACCUACAAUCGGGCUUUGUGAUUCCGAUAUGGAACCCAGUUUGUUAACAUAUCCAAUUCCAUGUAAUGAUGAUGGCGUCAGAUCAGUGAAUUUGAUGCUUGGAGUCAUGUCGAAGGCUGCAGAAACAGGUUUAAACAGAAGACUUGGAGUUGUUAAGCAGUUGAGAGAUGAGGAAAACAGGCGCCGAGAAAAACAACAAAACGCGAUCGAAGCAGCAGAUGAAGAGUUCUAA